GGCUGAGAGGCGGCGGCGGCGGUGGCGGCGGCGAAAGCGGCCGCCCGGUCCCCUGCGGCCUUUUGGCUGCCCGGGCCGGGAGGCCGCCGAGGAGUCAGCACGGCGACGCGGCUGGACUGACAGCAGCGUCCUAGGAUCUUGGGGUGUCUGCACAUAAGAGCUAUCCUCACCUGUUGUGUGAAGCACAGCACCUUUGAAGCCACUGUAGAGAUGGACAAAGAAGAAAGGAAGAUUAUCAACAAGGGUCAAGAAGAUGAAAUGGAGAUACAUGGCUAUAACCUCUGCCGCUGGAAGCUUGCCAUGGUUUCUGUAGGAGUGAUUUGUACUGGUGGGUUUCUCCUCCUCCUCCUCUACUGGAUGCCUGAGUGGCGAGUGAAAGCCACAUGUAUUAAAGCUGCAGUUAAAGACUGUGAAGUGGUGCUGCUCAGGACUACUGACGAAUUUAGAACGUGGUUUUGUGCAAAAAUUCGCUUUCUUCCCCUGGAAAAUCAACCAAAUUUUAAUGCAAAAUCUUUAGUUAAUAAGGUUUCUAAUGGCCAUGCUGUUCAUUUAGCUGAGAAUCUGACAGAAGAAAGUAGGUGCGAGAUGAAUAAAUACUCACUGACUCAGUCACAACAGAUGCGUUAUUUCACCCACCAUAGCAUAAGAUAUUUCUGGAAUGAUACCAUUCACAAUUUUGAUUUCUUAAGGGGACUGGAUGAAGGUGUUUCUUGUACAUCAAUUUAUGAAAAGCAUAGUGCAGGACUGACAAAGGGGAUGCAUGCCUACAGAAAGUUGCUUUAUGGAGUAAAUGAAAUUGCUGUGAAAGUGCCUUCUGUUUUUAAGCUUCUAAUUAAAGAGGUUCUCAACCCAUUUUACAUUUUCCAACUGUUCAGUGUUAUCCUGUGGAGCAUUGAUGAAUACUAUUACUAUGCUCUAGCCAUUGUGAUUAUGUCCAUAGUAUCCAUUAUAAGCUCACUAUAUUCCAUUAGGAAGCAAUAUGUUAUGUUGCAUGACAUGGUGGCAACUCACAGUACGGUGAGAGUUUCGGUCUGUAGAGUAAAUGAAGAAAUAGAAGAAAUCUUUUCUACAGACCUUGUGCCGGGUGAUGUCAUGAUCAUUCCAUUAAAUGGGACAGUCAUGCCUUGUGAUGCAGUACUUAUUAAUGGUACUUGCAUUGUAAAUGAAAGCAUGUUAACAGGCGAAAGUGUUCCAGUGACAAAGACUAACUUGCCAAAUCCUUCAGUGGAUGUAAAAGGAACGGGAGAGGAGCUCUAUAGUCCAGAGACACACAAGCGGCACACACUGUUCUGUGGGACGACUGUGAUUCAGACCCGUUUCUACACUGGAGAACUUGUGAAAGCCAUAGUAGUUAGAACAGGAUUUAGUACUUCCAAGGGACAGCUUGUUCGUUCUAUACUGUAUCCCAAGCCAACUGAUUUUAAACUCUAUAGAGAUGCCUACUUGUUUCUACUGUGUCUUGUGGUGGUGGCUGGCAUUGGGUUUAUCUACACAAUCAUCAAUAGCAUUUUAAAUAAGAAAGAAGUUCAGGAAAUAAUUAUUAAGUCUCUUGAUAUCAUUACAAUUACUGUGCCACCUGCACUUCCUGCUGCAAUGACUGCUGGGAUCGUAUAUGCUCAGAGAAGACUGAAAAAAGUGGGGAUUUUCUGUAUCAGUCCCCAAAGGAUAAAUAUCUGUGGACAGCUGAACCUUGUUUGCUUUGACAAGACUGGAACUCUUACUGAAGAUGGCUUAGAUCUGUGGGGAAUUCAGCGAGUGGAAAAUACCCGAUUUCUUUUACCGGAAGACAAUGUUUGCAGCGAGACAUUGAUAAAAUCUCAAUUCGUUGCUUGCAUGGCUACUUGUCAUUCACUUACAAAAAUUGAAGGUAUACUUUCUGGUGACCCACUCGAUUUGAAAAUGUUUGAAGCCAUUGGAUGGAUUUUGGAAGAAGCAACUGAAGAAGAGACAGCACUUCAUAACCGGAUUAUGCCCACUGUGGUUCGUCCUUCCAAACAGCUGCUUCCAGAGUCUACAGCUGCAGGAAACCAAGAAAUGGAGCUGUUUGAACUUCCAGCUGUUUAUGAGAUAGGAAUUGUUCGACAGUUCCCGUUUUCUUCUGCUCUACAACGGAUGAGUGUGGUUGCAAGGGUACUAGGUGACAAGAGAAUGGACGCCUACAUGAAAGGAGCCCCUGAGGUCAUUGCCAGUCUUUGUAAACCUGAAACAGUUCCAGUUGAUUUUGAGAAGGUUUUAGAAGAUUAUACCAAACAAGGCUUCCGUGUGAUUGCUCUCGCUCACAGGAAACUGGAGUCCAAACUGACAUGGCACAGAGUACAGCAUGUUAGUCGAGAUGCCAUUGAAAACAACAUGGAUUUUAUGGGAUUGAUUAUAAUGCAGAACAAAUUAAAGCAGGAAACCCCUGCAGUACUUGAAGAUUUGCAUAAAGCCAACAUUCGAACUGUCAUGGUCACAGGUGACAACAUGUUGACAGCUGUCUCUGUGGCCAGAGACUGUGGAAUGAUUCUACCUCAGGAUAAAGUUAUUAUUGCUGAAGCAUUACCUCCAAAGGAUGGGAAGGUUGCCAAGAUCAAUUGGCAUUAUGCAGACUCCCUGACACAGUGUAAUGAAUCAUCAGCAAUUGACUCAGAGGAUAUCCCGAUUAAACUUGCCCGUGAUAGCUUAGAGGAUCUUCAGUUUACUCGCUUUCAUUUUGCGAUGAAUGGAAAGUCAUUUUCAGUGAUACUGGAACAUUUUCAAGAUCUUGUUCCCAAGUUGAUGCUGCAUGGCACCGUGUUUGCGCGGAUGGCGCCGGAUCAGAAGACACAGUUGGUAGAAGCAUUGCAGAAUGUAGAUUACUUUGUUGGGAUGUGCGGUGAUGGUGCAAAUGAUUGUGGUGCUUUGAAGAGGGCACAUGGUGGGAUUUCCUUGUCUGAGCUUGAAGCUUCCGUGGCAUCUCCCUUUACUUCUAAGACACCUAGUAUUUCCUGCGUGCCAAACCUCAUCAGGGAAGGCCGUGCUGCUUUAAUGACGUCUUUCUGUGUGUUUAAAUUCAUGGCAUUAUACAGCAUCAUACAGUACUUCAGUGUUACUCUCCUUUAUUCUAUCCUGAGUAACCUGGGAGACUUUCAGUUUCUCUUCAUUGACCUGGCAAUCAUUUUGGUAGUGGUAUUUACAAUGAGUUUAAAUCCCGCGUGGAAGGAGCUUGUGGCACAGAGACCACCUUCAGGCCUUAUAUCCGGGGCACUCCUCUUCUCUGUCUUGUCUCAGAUCGUCAUCUGCGUUGGAUUUCAGUCGCUGGGCUUUUUCUGGGUCAAGCAGUAUAAAGUGUGUGAUCCGUACUCAGAUGUUUGUAAUACAACAAGAAGUGCGUGUUGGAACUCGUCACAUUUGUUCAAUGGAACUGAACUCGAUACAUGUAAAAUACAAAAUUAUGAAAAUACCACAGUGUUUUUUAUCUCCAGUUUUCAGUACCUCACAGUGGCGGUUGCCUUUUCAAAAGGAAAACCAUUCAGGCAGCCUUGCUACAAGAAUUAUUUUUUUGUUAUAUCUGUGAUUAUUUUGUAUGUUUUCAUAUUAUUCAUCAUGUUGCAUCCAGUUGCCUCUGUUGACCAGGUUCUUGAGAUUGUGUGUGUACCCUACCAGUGGCGUAUAUAUAUGCUUAUCAUUGUUCUUAUCAAUGCCUUCGUGUCUAUCAUGGUCGAGAGCUUCUUCCUUGACACGGUCCUUUGGAAAGUUGUGUUCAGUCGAGACAGACAAGGAGAGUGUCGUGUCACCACCACACAGCCGCCACAGGAGUCAGUGGAUCGAUGGGGGAAGUGCUGCUUGUCCUGGGCCCUGAGCUGUAGAAAGAAGACACCAAAGGCAAAAUACAUGUACCUGGCCCAGGAGCUCUCAGUUGACCCUGAAUGGCCACCUAAGCCUCAGACAACGACGGAAGCCAAAGCUGUAGUCAAGGAGAACGGAUCAUGUCAGAUCAGCACCAUCACAUAG